CAACAGUCCAUUUGUAGCUUGGUCCGAAGCAGGGUGCACCGGUACAUGCGGCGUCACCAGCUAGCUAGCCUCAGCCACUCAGGAGUCAGGUCAUACCAGCUUGUCUUUGAUUUUGAAGCUGCAAAACUAACAGUGUGGAACAAAAAAAUAUUCUUCGAUUCGAGAAAAGGUUUUUCGCUGGUAGAAGAAGAACACGGUGUGUAUCAUCAAUACAUACCAGUGACAUUACCUGGGGACUGGAAAACACAACAGGGAAGUGAAGAAGGACCUCCAGGCGGUAGCUGUAGUCGACUCGCCUGACUUCAAACCAAUCGACACCACCUUGGGAGUUUGGCAUCAGAUAAUUAUUUAUAUGGCUCGGCUUCCAACGCCGAGCACCCUAUUAAAUUUUAUUGUUGGAAGGCAUUCCACUUGGAUGAAGUGAGUUGCAACCAGCGAUUGCAGUUUCGGCUGGUCAGUGUGCGGAGGAUAUAUAGCCGUUGCGCUGGCGAAUACCGAAGAUGCUGGUCCCUGCUCUCGCUGCUCGCUUUCUUCAAGAACGUGCACUGGCAGGUGCGCAGGGAGUAUUAUGACGACCUGGGAUGCUGUGCGUGUGAGGACAGUUUGUCAGAGGGCGCACGAGUUUCACUGGUCGCCAUGCGUUCCGCCAAGCGGCUCUUGAUAGUCGUCACUGGCCUGCUUACAGUCGCUUUGAUUGUACUUCUUGAUGAGCAGCAGCAGAAGCAUCAACAGAAUGGACAACAGUUUGACGCUCGGCGGCGUAUUGUCAAGGACGGUGAUGAGCAGCUAGCGACACUUCGUGCACAGGGCGAGCACUAUGGCAAUGCUAAGAUACACAAAGAUCAUGAACAGAUGCAAGCAGCGAGCAGGCCUAAUGUGGACUUUGGCGUUGUGCCCAUGGCACGCUCCACUCGUUCACCGCCCAUGACGGCAUUGCCCAGAACGCGCCGACACGCACCGCCAAAGUGGGACGUGUGGAGGGCGUGGUCGACGGAUCCCGACCGCCUCUAUCCCAGGCCGGCGUUGGAGUCGAGUGAUAUGCGUGAUCUACUUCAAGACAUGGCCACACUGCCGAUCACCGCGGCGAAAGUAGGCUACCGGGGCACUCAGUUAAAAAUGCUGCUGACGUUGGAAGGCGGACAGGCAGUCGUGUUCAAACCUAGACGGUUUGAUCGCGACUUCACUAUUGUGGGUGAAACGUACGCAGGUUUUGAUCGACACAAUGCCGAGAUUGCAGGCUUUCAUCUUGAUGGUGUACUUGGAUAUCAGCGUAGUCCACCGGUUGUAGGGCGGGUACUGAACCUUCCCAGGGAGGUUCUUCCAGUCGCUGAGCCUCGUUUGAAAAGCACAUUCUUCUACCAAGGCAACAACAUCUGUUUUUAUGGCGUGUGUCGCUACUGUAAGCGUGAACUGGCAGUGUGUGCCAAGAAUGGCAUAAUGGAGGGAUCGGUUACAAUCUGGCUGGCGAAUAGUCCGCAGCUAAAAACAUGGCAACAUCCGUAUCAACGUACCUACAGUUCAACUCGUCGUGCAAGGUGGGAGACGGAUAAGUCCUACUGCGACAAGGCGGUGCUGAGCAAAGAUUUGUUCAAGAAAGGCCCACGGCUUCUGGACCUCCUUGAUGCCACCGUAAUGGACUAUUUAGUUGGCAACGCCGAUCGCCAUCACUAUGAGACGGUGCAGAAAUACGGUGACUCAGCAAGACUGCUUAUGAUGGACAAUGGCAAGAGCUUUGGAAAUGCCUACAAUGAUGAUGCGUCGAUUUUGGAGCCUCUUAAUCAAUGUUGUCGACUAAGAUCUUCUACGUGGAAACGGCUACAGGUGUUCGAAGAGCAGCGCGGUGCACACUCACUGUCGCAUGCACUCAACGCAUCAAUGAGUAUUGACCCGCUAUCACCAAUACUCUACAGCACACAUCUGAAAGCCAUUGAUCGUCGUCGUCGUGACGUCAUGGCUGCUGUGGAGAGGUGUAUCGUCAGGCGUGGUCGGGAUAAUGUGAUCAUUGAUGACAAGCCAGCCAACGAACAUACGUGAGAGUGUUGACACACACACACACAUACACACACGUACACACAUACACGCACACAUACACACAUCCACACACACAUCCACAUGCAGCAUACACACACACACACACACACACACACACACACACACACACACACACACACACACACACACACACUCACGCACACUCAUGGAUCUCUGAUACAUGUACGAGUACUAGUCUGCUCCGUGUGAUUAGGCAUUGUGCACUGAGCAUGUGAUUAGCCAUUGUGCACUGAGCAUGUGAAUUGAUUGUAAUUUUAACUGCUGAUUUUGUGCUUCUUAUUUUUGAACGUCGGGACUUUACUAGAGCUUAAUUUCUCUCAACUGCUCAGCUUGUGUUCUUCCACCAUAUUUGUACUUCUGUACUUACGCCACUCUGUACUUACUCCACUCUGUACUUACUCCACUCACCCCCACCGUUAGGCGCUGCAUCUGCCGCUAGGGUUUACAGGGUUUACCGGGUGUUAGCGGCCGUCGUGAGUUCCCUUCGGGAACGGACACGAUAAUUUACUUUUUACUUUACUUACUCCAUUGUUUAUAUGUAGGCAAGACGGUGAUGACGUGUACGAUGCUAAUAUUCAUUGUGUCCUUUUUGCACGCCAUUGGGAAAAUGAUUUUCUCAAGUGGACGUGCACAAGUUUAUGCCUUUCCUUACUUGUCCGUGUUCUUGUUUUGGUGUGGCCCUGCUGGAUCAGGCUGCUACUGCUAGAUUGAUAUCAUGUUGUUAUGUUGUUAUGUUUGGUCUUUACUUUUUUGUCAUUUUCUGUCGUGUACUGCACUGUACAACGUUACAUGUACCAUUCACUGCUACUA